AUCAGAAAGUGUGGACUGCUGCUGUGUGCAGGGAAGAUGCGGUAGAGGAGGACAGGACACAAAACAGAGUAUAUAAUAAAACAACAACUUGAGAGCCUAGAGUGAAGAUGACGGCCAUCGAGAGUAAAGAGGAGAUCAGUGACACCGACAGUGGGAUAAUCCUGCACUCUGGUCCAGACAGCCCCACGUCCCUGGUGAAGGACCCGACCACUCACACCAGAGCCCUGAAGCUGAAGCACCAGUCUCUGGAGGAGCGUCUGGAGCUAUGCCUGCUGGAGCUGAGGACGCUCUGCAGAAGAGAGGCAGAGCUGACUGGUUCACUUCCCUCUGACUAUCCUCUGAUGCCAGAUGAAAAGCUCCCUCGGAUCCGAAGGAGGAUUGGAGCUUCCUUCAGGCUGGAUGAAGGUCUCAUCCAUCUGGAUAAACAGGAUUCAGAGCUGCAUUCGCUGGAAACUGACUUGGCUCUACAGCAGCAGAUUUAUGAGGCGGCUCGCAAACUCUCACUGGAGGAGAAACUCAGUAAACCGCAGAAGAAGAGCCGCCUGCAGCAGUGCAAGAGGGAGGAGAAGAAAGUGAAGGACCUGCAGGAGGCCGUGAUCCAGUCCAGGAUCAAGAGCGAGUGCAACUCACCGUGCAUCAGCAUCGCAACCAGUCAAAACAAAGAUGUGUGCAUGUCUGAUGACAGCUCCCUGUCUGAUGUGGUGGCUCUGGAUGAAGACUUGGACUCGUCCAGCUCCAUCUCUCCUCCUGUGUUGGGCACCUCCUAUCCCGACCCCCUCCAUCUGUCAGCUAAGCCCCUGCAGUCAUCAGGCCAGCUCAGUGUGGAGUACGAGCGCUCUCCCAUUCAGAACUCUCCAUGGAAGGAGACCAGUCUGGACCAGCCGUACCAGAAGAUGACACAAGCUCAGUCCACGUGCAGCAGCAGGUCCAGUAGUCCAGCACCGCCCCCGGUAUCAACAGAGAGCUGCAGGAUUCCUCUGUCUCAGUUCAUCAAGAACUCGGCCCUGCGCCACAACAACUCCACCAGCGCCCCCUCCACCCCAGAGCUGCACAUACGUCGCCAAUACACCCAGUCCUUCAGACUCGCCAAAAACAAGCCGCCUGCUGUCCCGGAGCGCCUCAGUUCAAACAGUCGAGGACGAGCCAAGCUCCCCCAGCUGCGCUGCCUGGCCGACCUGAUGGUGCGUUCUCCAGAGUACUCCCCCCUGCGCCUGUGCCAGUCCAGCUCUGAGGACAGCAGCUCGGAGCACUCGUCCUCCUCCUACAUCAGCUCUCCUGGCAUGGAGGGCCCCACUGAGAUGCCAAAGCUCUGCCCGCCGCCUUACGGGUUCCACUUCGGAGCGCAGAAAAAAGGACCCUCCGGCUUCCCCGGCUCCCACAAGAACAACACCCAGUCUCCGCCUGGCACCAGCUUUGUCAAGGCCAUGGCAGAAGACGGCCCCCUGUCCCCUCAAGACCUGGCCAUUGGGAAGUGCUUCUUCUCCACUCCCCCUGUGGCGCGCCGUCCUCUGCAAAGACAGUGUCAAGACGGAGCGUCUUCCCCAAGGAGAAUCCUGAAGCCCCCUCCGCCUUACACCAGGCUGGUGCGGGCGCCCUCUCUGAAGGAGUACCCCAACCACGCCAUCAGGCUGAUGCCCAGGGAGAUUGUGUCGGAGGAGCUGAGGUCGUGGCAUCAGAGGAAUCAGCUGCAGAAGUUAUGGCCGGACAGCUUGGAUCAGCAGAGCUCCACCUUACCUCACCUGCAUCCAUUUAAACAGGGCUCGGGUAAUGUGAUUCUCCAGAGAGCUGCAGACGGGACCCCGCUCCAGUGGUUUGUGGCCGAGGACGCUGAGAUCGUGAGCCAGGUGUAGCUGAGACCUCUGCAGCCUCCUCAGUAGGAUGUACUUUGUGCUACUCGUUUUUUAUUUAUCUCUGUAUUUAUUACGUCUUUGGACUCUCUGUGAGAUUUAAUGGUGACAUGAUGCAGAAACCACGGACCUGUUUGGUCCCCCGAUGAGCACAUUUCUCUCUUCUUUUAAUUUAAAACUUAAUGUAAGGUGAUAUACCACUUUUAUUUAUUUUUAAAAUAAUUUUCCUUCACAUGUUGAUAAAAAAUUUGAGAUGGUGAACUGCGGUUCAUAAAUUUAAUAAAUGUGUCAGAUGGAAAGUUGCUUUGUGGCUUGCACACACCUCAAGUAGUUUUCAAAUAAGCUUUCUCAUUCCUAAUAUAAUUUGAACCAUUACACUAUAUUUAUCUACUAUUUAAAGUUUCCCUUUGCAACAUAGAGACUUAUUUGUGGAAAUAUGAAAAUGAAAUUUAUAUAUAUAUAGUUACAAUUUUACAUCUGUCUAUCCACGACGUGAAGUAAGAUUAAUCUUAACGUUUGCUUGUAUCUCUUGAUAAUGAAUCACUGAUGCCUUUAACGGUGGUUUGAUGAAUGUUUUCACUGCAGUUUGGUGUUUUCUUACUAACCAAGGGAUUGUAUCAGUUUUGAUAUUUUUUUGUAUAUUUAUAAUAAAUAUAAAAAUGUGACUUAAAACAA